CAAUUGACUCUCGCAUUGAAUGAAUGAAUGAAUGAAUGAAUGACACAAUUGAUUGCUUAAAACACAAACACUGUGUUUACGUAUCGCUUAUGUUAUCAAACAAACACAUUAUGUCAACAAAGAGAUACCAUUAAGUAAAGAGUUAUCAUUGAGACCAUCGGUGACCAAAUAAAAGAGUGAUUGUGUGACCACAUCAUCCAUGUGUCGAUUGUGUUGUUAAUAAUCUGAUGAGUAGUGACAACAGUGAUGGCAAUAUCCAUAACAGAUAUCUGCGAGAACACCAAAAUGGGUCGAGAGUUUGCACUUCUUGGCAAUUAUGAGACGGCACUCGUCUACUAUCAGGGAGUCGUCCAACAGAUCCAUAGAUUAUUACAGACCAUCAGUGAUGCCAAUCGAAAGGAGAGAUGGCAAGAGAUCCAACAGCAGAUCGCACAGGAAUACGAAGCGGUUAAAGAUCUGCAGACAGUGUUAUUAGGAUUUAAAGGAGACAGACAUAACACACGACCGAUUAACACAAGACAUUCGCCACAGUUUGGAGGAAUAUCGGAUGAUAUCAAUAGUGAUGGUGAUUAUUGGCCGCCAUCGUCACCGCGAGAGCCUGAUGUAUGGCCGGCACCGACUCCUGUUGAACACAAACCGGGACCACCGGUCAAACAGAGACAAUCGCGACGAGAAAGCACAUCAUUGGGUAAUAAAAGUGGUCGCGAAUCGUAUCCGAGUGCUAGUCGUUCGUCUGCCGUUAAGAGCGGACCGAAAAAGGGUCAAAACAACGACACAAAGAGUUCUGGAAAUAAAAGUACUGAUCAAAGGAAGAAAAGUGAGAGUAUUGGAACAGAUAAAGAGGAACCAAAAGAACGAAAGUUUGACUGCGCUGGUCCUGACAAUGAAUUGGUAGAAAUGCUUGAACGAGAUAUUCUUCAGAAGAAUCCGUGCACUAAUUGGACAGAUAUUGCAGCGCUUGAAGAAGCGAAACAUUUAUUGGAAGAAGCGGUAGUGUUGCCGAUGUGGAUGCCUGACUACUUUAAAGGAAUACGUAGGCCAUGGAAGGGUGUAUUAAUGGUUGGUCCUCCCGGUACCGGAAAAACAAUGCUCGCAAAAGCUGUGGCCACUGAAUGUGGAACAACAUUCUUCAAUGUUUCCUCUUCGACAUUGACAUCGAAAUAUAGAGGAGAGUCAGAGAAAUUAGUGCGACUGUUGUUCGAAAUGGCCAGGUUUUACGCGCCGUCCACUAUAUUCAUCGAUGAGAUCGACUCUCUCUGUUCACGUCGUGGCUCUGACACCGAACACGAGGCCAGUCGUCGAGUGAAAUCAGAAUUGUUAAUACAAAUGGACGGUAUUAACAACAACGACGACCCGACUAAAGUGGUAAUGGUAUUGGCGGCCACAAACUUUCCGUGGGAUAUCGAUGAAGCACUUCGACGAAGACUUGAGAAACGCAUUUACAUUCCGUUGCCUAAUGAAGAUGGAAGAGAAGCACUGCUUAGUAUAAACCUGAAAGAAGUAGAGAAGUCUCCCGCUUUGAAUAUCAAUGAUAUAGCGCUUAGACUUGACGGGUAUUCGGGCGCCGAUAUAACGAAUGUGUGUCGCGACGCCUGUAUGAUGUCUAUGAGGCGCAGGAUUGCCGGUUUGACACCCGAACAGAUCCGCAGCCUUUCCAAAGACGAACUCGACCUUCCCGUAAGUCCGGCUGACUUUGAAGAGGCCAUCCGUAAGGUUAAUAAGUCGGUGUCGGCUGAAGAUCUGAAAAAGUAUGACAAAUGGAUGGCAGAGUACGGCUCAAUGUGAGAGCCUGUCGUCCAAUUCGUACAACAAAUCAAUUGUUUGUUGAAUUACUUAAUUUUUUAAAAAGCAAAAUAUUUUAACUAAUAUUUAAACAAAUAUAUAUUUAUUUGUUUUUUAAUUUAUAAAUCAUAUAUUGUUUAGCAAAUUAUGAGAUUUAUAACUUAUU